AUGUCGAGAUUUUCUGGAAAAGUUGUGAUUGUUACUGGCUCUUCUAAUGGGAUUGGCAGAAGUGCGGCUAUAUUAUUUGCAAAAGAUGGUGCCAAAAUCACAAUUUCCGGAAGAAAUGCGGAGAGACUCGAAGAAACCAAGAAAUUAAUUUUGUCUCAAGGAAUCUGCCCCGAAAAUAUAAAUUCCGUUUUGGGAGAUAUAACAAAAUCUGAAGAUCAAAAAAUCUUGAUUGAUUCGACCCUCCAAAAAUUCGGAGGAAAAAUCGAUAUCCUGGUGAAUAAUGCGGGAGCCGCAAUGCCGGAUACAACUGGAGUUUCGGGUGUCGAAAGUGAUAUUUCGAAUUUUGAGCGAAACUUGGCGGUUAAUUUGAACAGUGUUAUUGGAUUGGUUCAGAAGGCAAAACCGUAUUUGGAGAAGAGUAAAGGAGAUAUUGUAAAUGUUUCGAGUAUUGCUUCAGGACCGGCGGCCGUGAGUUUAGAAGGGGGAAAAUUAUACCGUGGCCUGAAAGCCAACAAUUUUUUUUCGGAUUUCAGACCAUGGGCCUGAAUUUAGUGGUCUAGAAAAUGUGAUUUUCUAGGUAAUUCCAUCAGGUCCCUCAAUCUCUAAUUUUUCCACUCCCAAUUCAACCAAAAACGUACCUUCCAUCUCCAAAGUGCAAAAUGUUCAAUUUCCUUUGUUCUUUCCGUUGAAUUAUUCAUAACGUUUGCGCAAAAUAUGCUGAAAUUUCCAAAUUAAGCACAUUUUCAGCAUGUUGGUGCAAUGUAUUACUCAAUGGCAAAAGCAGCACUCGAUCAAUUUACCCGAAAUGUCGCAAUUGAAUUGAUCGCAUCGGGAGUUCGUGUAAAUUGUGUUCGUCCUGGAGUUGUGACAACUGGUUUUAUGCAAGCGAUGGGCGCUACUGAACAAGCAUCUGAUGAAUUUUAUAAAUUGUUUGGGUCGCGAAAGGAUUGUGUUCCUGCUGGGCGUCUCGGAACCCCUGAAGAUAUUUCUCACCUUAUCCUGUUCCUCGCUGAUCGAAAAUCAUCAUUUUACAUCAUUGGUCAAGUAAUUACAAUCGAUGGUGGAAGUUCUUUAAUGAAUGUGCUCGCUAGUUCAUUUGAAACAUAA